AUGGGUCCGGGGCCCCCGGCCGCGGGAGCGGGGGCGCCCCCGCAGCCGCUGUCCCUGGCCGCGCGGCUGAGCUACGCGGUCGGCCACUUCCUCAACGACCUGAGCGCGUCCAUGUGGUUCACCUACCUGCUGCUCUACCUGCACUCGGUGCGCGCCUACAGCUCGCGCGGCGCGGGGCUGCUGCUGCUGCUCGGCCAGGUGGCGGACGGGCUGUGCACGCCCCUGGUGGGCUACGAGGCCGACCGCGCCGCCGGCCGCUGCGCCCGCUGCGGCCCCCGCAAGACUUGGCACCUGGUGGGCACCAUCUGCGUCCUGCUCUCCUUCCCCUUCAUCUUCAGCCCCUGCCUGGGCUGCGGGGCCGCCACGCCCGAGUGGGCCGCCCUCCUGUACUACGCGCCCUUCAUCGUCAUCUUCCAGUUUGGCUGGGCCGCCACCCAGAUCGCCCACCUCAGCCUCAUCCCCGAGCUUGUCACCAACGACCAGGAGAAGGUGGAGCUCACGGCCCUCAGGUAUGCCUUCACCGUGGUUGCCAACAUCACUGUCUAUGGUGCUGCCUGGCUCCUGCUGCACCUGCAGGGCUCCACACACGUGGGGCCUGCCGAGGACAUCAGUGACCAGCUGGGGGUCCAAGAUGUGCCGGUGUUCCGGAACCUCUCCCUGUUGGUGGUGGGCGUGGGAGCAGUCUUCUCCCUACUGUUUCACCUGGGCACCAGGGAGGGGCGCCGGCCCCAGGUGGCGGAGCCAGAUGAACACACCCCCCUGCUGGCCCCCGCUACUGCCAGGCCCUUGCUGCUGUGGAACCACUGGCUUCGGGAACCAGCCUUUUACCAGGUGGGCUUGCUGUACAUGAGCACCAGGCUCAUUGUGAACCUGUCCCAGACGUACAUGGCCAUGUACCUCACCUACUCCCUCAAACUGCCCAAGAAAUUCAUUGCCACCAUCCCACUAGUGAUGUACCUCAGCGGCUUCUUCUCCUCCUUCCUCAUGAAGCCGGUCAAUAAGUGCAUCGGGAGGAAUAUGACCUACUUUUCGGGCCUCCUGGUGAUCCUGGCCUUUGCAGCUUGGGUGGCGCUGGCAGAUGAGCUGGGCGUGGCUGUGUAUGCGGUAGCCGUACUGCUGGGCACCGGUUGUGCCACCAUCCUUGUCACUUCACUGGCCAUGACAGCCGACCUCAUUGGCUCCCACACGCACAGCGGAGCCUUCGUGUAUGGCGCCAUGAGCUUCUCGGAUAAGGUAGCCAACGGGCUGGCAGUCAUGGUCAUCCAGAGCCUGCACCCCUGCACCUCGGAGCUCUGCUGCAGGGCCUGCGUGGGCUUCUACCACUGGGUCAUGGUGGCCGUGACCGGUGGUGUGGGCGUGGCCGCCACCUUCACUCUGUGCAGUCUGCUUGUUUGGCCCAUCCGCCUUCGGAGCUGGGAGCCUGGAGCUCAACCCUGACUCCCCUAGGCCUCCUGCCCGCUGCAGGCAAACCGCAGCUGUGCACACAUGGGAUGCUCAGCAGAGGCUUCCAGAGCAGCCCAACCCCACUUCUCAGAUCCUCGGCCCCCACCCCUGCCUGGAUGCAGGACUGGUGGGAAAGGCCGGACAGGAUGGGCAGGACCCAGUGGGGACACCUAGCUGGACCUUCUGGUAUCCAGGGCCCAUGGGGUCUGGCAGGCUUGGGAGUCGCCCCGCUCCCAACCACUCCAGCCCAGCUCUCUGGAUGAUCUGGGCUGCACUCCGGAAUGCGGGGGCAGACGCUCAGGCCCCUGGAGGAUGGCGUCAGCACUGAGCCUUCCAGGACUCGGCGCUGGGGACUGGCCCAGGCCUCAGCUGCAGGGAGUGCCGCUGACCAUAAAUAAAGUCACCCGUGGGUGAGGACUGCGCCUCGGCUGUCUGCCUGGGGCCCUGGAAGGGGACAGUGGGGCGAGGGCCACGUUCCCCGGUCUUCCCCGCGCCAAGCAGAGAGCCGCAGGCUGGCAGCAUGGUCUUUAUCAGUGAGUGGGCGUGUAGACGGGUGGGGGCCGCUGCUUGGUAGAGGGACAGUAGGGUUCCAGGUCCCACUGCCGGUAGUUCUGGGUGGUGUAGUGGGGGCGCUGGGGCGCCGACAGGUAGGGCACGUAGUCAGACACCCGCCACGGCGGCUCCACCCCGUAUCGGUUCCUGUUGAGCACUGUGGGGCCGGGACCCUCGUCACCUCCUGUCCCUGGCUUCCUGACCCAGGGUGGCCAUGCUCCCCCGCCCCGGCGCCCGGUCCCUCGCCUCACCGUAUUCCUUGCCCCGGAUGGGCCUGUCUGUCCACAGCAUGCUCCCCCACCGAGUGCUGGGGUCCUUGUACUGGGCCGGGAUCACGGGGUCGUACCAGGAUGUCUCCCGCAGGCGCUGGGUGUAGGCUGUGGGGAGGGAGGGAAGUCAUCUCUGGUCCCUGCCCGCGGCCCGGCGUGGGUCCUGCGGGACUGAACACUCACCCGAGGGCAUGCUGUGCUCCCGGUGGCCAUGGCAGCCGUGCCAGCGGGUGUAAGCCUCUCGGUGGGGGCUGUCCAGGGCCCGAGGGAGCGUGUACCAGGCUUCUCGGGAGUCCGAGUUAGUCAGGCCAGUGUACCAGUGCUGACCGGCUGCGUCUCUUCCCAUGGGCGUGUACUUCCAACAUGUUGCCUGCUUGAUGGCCGGCGUCCAGCGGGGUCCCUCCAGGGACAGAUAGUCAUCGCUAGGGGUAGGGGAUUUGGGGGGGACAAAGGCUGAGCCUAUGCUGUCCCUGCCCCUCCCCUAGCUUCAGCUUGCCCAGCUCUAGAAUGGGCCCUGUGACCUCAUGGCCAGGAUGGAGGAUACAAAGGCCUGGCCAAGGCUCAAGGGCCUCCCCCGGCCCCACGCUGCUGCAUCACAUAUAGCCUUCAGUGCCGGACCCCAAGGCUGGGGAGGCUGCUUGCUUAAGCAGAAACCGGUUUCCACCCUGGGGAGAGGGGGCUGAAGUGUCUGCCCCAAGGGGGUGCCCGUGGGGUUGCUGCACCGAGGGCCUAGCUUAGAAGCUGCUCUGGUGGAUUUCAUCAGAGCACAGGAAACCAGAAACUCCUGAGUCUCACCCAAGGCAGACUCGGGCUGGUGGGCUCUGGACCACCAGCCUCAGGAACCGGACCCCGGCUGGGUUCUGGGGUCCUGCACAACUGCAGCACUCUGGACUGAAAAUGCACGUCGUGUGUAAAUGCAAGUAAACAAUAAAACAGCACCCGAUGAACCGGGGGCUCCCGCGCGGCUGCCGCUUGUCUUCAUUUCUUCUGCUUUCUUACAGCAACGAGCAGGGGGUGGGUGUGCAAGUGUGUGUGCCCCUUUCGUUACACCAAUGUGGAAACCUGCGCCACUCAACUCCCUCAUUUCCCUCCCUACCGCGCGGGAGUGGAGCGGCGCCAGUGGCACAAGGACCUUGGCUGCUUUCCAGCUGCACAGACUGUCACUUAAUGGGUUCCCCACUGGGCGGAACAGCAUCCAUCUAGGGCCCCAGGAGGUGACCUGACUUGGAAAUAGGGUCUAGCAGAUGUUGCCCAUUAGGGCGAGGUCACAGCGGCUUAGGGUGCCCCUACCGCAAUGCCUGGUCUUUGUCAGGAGGGGGACCCGACAUGGACAUGGACGUACGGGGACGAGCCGGGUGAAGAUGGCGGCAGAGGCUGGAGCCAAAGGACGCCAAGGACGCUGGACCCUGCCUGAGCUGCAGAGCAAGGGACGCUCCCUCAUGGCCUCAAAAGGAACCAAUCUGCCCACGCGGAUCUCGGGAGAGGACACGUUUCUGUGCGUGGUGACCAGCGCACACUCGCCUGGCU